GAAGCGUCAUCUAGCUGUGGGCGUGUACGGUAGGCCCAGGGUAGGCCAGACUGGUCAGAGAGGCAGAGAGUCACCCAAAACAUAAUAGCUGACUCAAGAACUCAAAGUUGGUUUCUUGUUCCCUGGAUUAAAUCAGAAGUAGCCGUCUUAAGAAGUAUCUACAUAAAUCAAAAUCAUUUGAACAAGAAGAAAAUAUUAUAUAUUAUGUGACCCCGAGAACCCUUGCAAUUAAAAAAGAAAUCAUAUUUCAAAGGCUUCAGGCAGUGGAAGACUGAGCAAAAAGGUAAAAAGACGAGACAGUUCCAUGUGAGGCAGACAGUGCGGCUUUCAUUGGCGAGUAAAAUGAAGAAAGAGGAAUUUGACCAAAUAGUUCGUGCCAUCAACUCGCAAAAGGGAUCAACAUGCUGUCACACCAUGAUUGUUUUUUUGAAGAACUCUUUCCCAAACACCUCAGAACAGUCCCUCCGCAGCAUCUAUUCUCAAGAAGUUUGCAGAAAUAUGAAGUUUACGCACGGUCGGCACAAAGCAAAAGGGGCUGAAUACUUGAAAAAGUACAUGGAAGAGCGCUCCGUUGGGAAGUCAACUCUGCUGACCAUGGCUGCCGAUCUUCAUUUCUCACCAGCUCUUUUGGCUAAAGUGAUCCUUGAUGCGAUGGCGUGUGACAGCUCGGAAGGAACUUUGACCAAAUGUGCCACCAAUAAGAUGUUGAGGGACACCAGUUUGAUCGAUGACCGUAUUCUUGCUCAGGACGUACACCUCUGUGUGUUGAGCGAUGAUCACUAUGGACCGCUGUCUGAUUCUAUCAGCCGCUCUUUAGGGCAGCAGUACGAGCACACGCUUGGUCUUCAGCUCAUGGAAAAACAAAUCCCCUUUUUAGCAGAAGACCGACUGAGAGAAUUGGGAUUAGACAAAACACCUGAUAUCAAACUAGAGGUCCCGGUAGCAGUAGAUGGUUUUGUUAUCCACUGGAUAGAGAGCAAGGCUUUGUUUGGAAGUGAAGAAUGGCACGACAGAUUUGUGAAAAAGCAGCUGUCAGCUUAUUGGAACCGAUUCGGACCAGGGUUGGUCAUCUACUGGUAUGACUACGUUGACACGAUCAAGUCAAUGCACGAAAAGCAUCUUAUGGUUGCCAACUGUCUGCCUCCCAACAUUGUGAUGAUGGACCCUCUUAAAAGACCAUAGAUGAUGAGUGGAGGACUUGCUCCAUCAAAAAGUACUGUGUACCUUUCAAAUUUACCCUUUUCCUUAACUAACAACGACAUCCACAAGAUUUUUGAGAAGCAUGGAAAAAUUGCCAAAGUGACCGUCGUCAGAGACUCUGAGC